CUGGUGAGUAAGAUUUUCAAGUUAUUUAGUGCAUCCUCUGUAGAACUUUUAAAGAUGUUAUUUUCAUAUAAUUCAUUUCUAUAUUUUUGUCAGGUUGGCCAGAUUUUCAUACGCUAUCAGUGGUAAGUUGAAGCGAAUUUACAUGAUGGUCAUGUUGGAAUUUAUUUAUAGUAUAGUACUGAUGGUAGGGAAGGUGCGUAAGAAAUAUAAGACGCGAUGCACACGAGGGAGUACGACACGCGUGAGGAGAGAAGGAUAGUCUUCCUGCAAGGCCUUUAAGUUUUUUCCGCUCCCUAGGGUGGAAAAUUUCCGUUGGCUUAAUUCCAGCCUUCCGAGGAAAAAAAUCUUGUCGCUUUACAAGAUUAACCUGACGUACAUUCUUCUCUCUCGCGGUUAGUGUCCUUGCUCUUUAAUUUUACGCCUUUUUUUUUUUUCAUGUACCUGCCAUGCAGGUAUGCAGGGAGCUUACAUAGAAGGCCCUUGAAAGUAAUGGGCACAGGAAAGAAGCCUGCAAGUUAUAACCUGUGUAUUAGGUGCUUGGGAAGUAAUUAUGUGAUAAAAGAGGGGGCGCUCAACGGAGACACGCCCACGUCCUUCGCGUGCCCGGUUUUUUAUCGCAUGUUACUCCCAAGCGCCUGCUACACAGGUUAUACCUUGCAGGCUAAUUGUUUGCCAGAUUAAUCAUCUUCAAGUUGUUAUUUCAUUUUUUGUGUUACAUCAGGGAUGCACUAUUAUGGGAAAGUGGUUUUCUAGCAUUCCUGAUUGCUCCGUGGAAUAUUUCUUUCACUCCGUGGAAAUUAGGAAAAUGCUUCUUCCUGAAGAUGAGGCGUGUCAGGUACAUAAUAGGAAAUGAAUAAAUAAAUAAAUAAAUAACGAUAAAAAAAGCAAACAAUCACUGACCACUACGUCACUACUGCACUGUAACAGACUGAGCGCAAGACAAAGGACUCUUCCACGAAUUCCAAGUGAUUUUGAUUUGUUUAAUGCUAAUAUUUGUUUUUAUUUUUAUUUUCACAGGAAUAUUUCUAGACACCAUGACAGUAUAAUGCUAUGGCUUGUGAAGUGGCUGUUGUUCCGGCUCAUGUUUGCCUCCGGUGUUGUCAAAUUAACCUACAUGGAUAAAACUUGGUGGAAUCUUACUGCUCUAAACUGGCAUUAUGAAUCACAGGUCAGGUGGAAAAGAAAGUACAGUACAUGGCGAGUUGAGUGCCUGCGUAACUAGUGGUUUUGUCUGGCGGGCGCGCAAAUAAGCGGCGAAGCUGCGAAAGCGCGCGAACGAACAGUGGGUUUUUCCAGCCCAGUCCCUAGGCGUUCUCUCUUGAUCCCGUGACGUCACAGCUCAUGGUAGGGUCCAGGAAUGACCGAGCCGAAAACGCCUGGGGACUAGGCUGGGGUUUUUCAUUUUCGUUCCUAUGAGCGCUUUCCAUUCAACCGAAACGUCCGGUUUGAAUUUUCGGCAACUAGCAGGCGCAAAUGCAACAGCACUUUUUUAAAUUUCCAAAAACAGGACAACCUUGCAAGGUAUGCCCAAAUUUUCGAAAAAAAUUUCCCGCAAGUUUUCUUUCUUUUCAACUUGCUUCCGGAAAAGCUAGAACUUUCGGUUAAAUGGUUCGCAUUUAGGAAAUUCAACAGUUUCCAGAAUUUCUGGAAACUUUUCCGGGAAAUUUCUGUACCAUUUUCCGCCGUUUCCAAGUUUUCGAAAAGUUUUGGUUUCAUGGAAAGCGCCCUAUGUCGCCUUGUAGGUAUCACAACAACGUCAAAUGAUCAAAAAGAAGGUUCCUUUUUCUGUCACAGAGAGUUCAUGAUGUUUUUUUCUAUCUGAAUGUGUAAAAAAAGUCAACGCAUGAAAGAAUUAGCUACGUAUGGUAAAGUUAACAAUGAAGAAGAAUUGCAGAUUAAUAUAAAAGAGCAAUUCUUCUUUCCGAUUCAGUUGAAUUAACAUAUAUUUCAGAAACAACAGCAGACUGCAAGCAUGAAUCUCUUUUAUUGUUGAACCUCUUUGCGGUCGUUAUAGAAGUAUGAUGAAGGAAAUUGCAGCCCGAUAUAGGUGUCUGAUUGUGGACCAGCCAUGUCGCUCCCGUCGCGUAUUUGUUUCAAGAUAAAUGUUUCUGUUUAAUAUUAUGCUUAUUUAUUAGGAACCUCUAUUGAGCGGCCAACCACCAUUAAGUGGCGACUUGUCGGUAGAGGUUCAGCUUUAUUUGUUAUUUGUUAUCAUUGCUGUUUCAGUGUAUCCCUACACCUGUGGCCUGGUAUUUUCAGAAGCUUCCCUCUUCCUUUCAUCGACUCAGCGUUGUUUUCACGUAAGUAGGAAAACGAAAUGGUAAAUAGAAAGUUACUGUUGCUACUGCGCUUUGUUUCCAUUUAUUUAAUUUAGUGUUAAACGUGCGGUAUAUGAAGAUCAUGCACUACGAAAAACAUUUCCUGCCGGUUAUUUAAGCGAAGUGAGACUAGAUGUACGUUGAGCGAGACCUCGUUCGAAACCAAUUUUUGGGAACUUAUGCAGCGACGCGACGAUUAUGAAACGUAAAAAGGCAGAAGUUGUUACAAGUAAUUGACAAAUCCCAUAAUUUCGCUUCUACCAUACUUUUUGUUACAAAUUUUGUUGUAGUCGCUGCACGACUAUUAGUAUGUGUAAUCAAAUGUUGACCAGUGAAAUUAGGGAGUAAUUUCACGCGCGUUUUGUCCAAAUCCUAAUAAUUUCCCUCGCCUAAACUCGCGUGAAAUUACUCCCUAAUUUCACUAGUCAAAAUUUGAUUACACAUACUAAUUUCUCAAUUAAUGACGUUGGUGGACGUGAAAACACCUCAAAGAAUUUUUCUCCUCAAUCUUGGGUGCAGUGCCUAAGUGUUUACCUCUGGCAAAAUUCGCCUUCAAACAUUUGACAAGAUGAGCGAGUUAGAAUAAUCGCGAUGAAAUUUGGAAGAAUGCGAAUGUACGUGACUAUUUUCGUCGCCUUCGCCGUUGUGAAAGCUCAGUCCUACCCAUGCUAGGGACCAUUUGGAUUUUAUCGUCCAUGUUAACUACACAUUUUGAUAUAGGAUUAGUUGACAAUGAUCUUGAUGGGAAUAAAUAUGCAAAGCCACCAGCAGUGUUGGAGUGAAGAAUAAGGGUUAUUAGUAAAAUCCAGCUAGUGGUCUAUUAUCAAUGCUGCGUUCUGAUUGGUUGAGCUACUACUAGGCUAGACGUUAUAGCCCACUAGCAGCGAAAAGCGCCGGCUUUUUGGCGGCAAAAAGGAUUAAAGUCUAGCUUUAACUAGCUAAAAGUUUUUUAUUCUCGAUAUGUUUGACCAACUAGUUGGAUUUUGCUAAAACAAUUAUUCCUCGAGCCCGAAUGGCCUCUGAGUCAAUAGCCCAUUCGGAGUUCGGCCUCAUGGGCUAUUGACUCAGAACCCAUUCGGGCUCGAGGAAUAAUUGUUAAAGAAAUACCAAUAACUAUCGGUAAUGUGGUGCUGGCCGCAAUACCUUCAUUGCGGUAAUUUAGAUGAUUGUAUCACGUUGGUAUCGAUCAAGUGACACUAGCUCACGCUAACUGACUGGUCAUGCGCGUUUUUAACCGAAAAAACAACCUAACAGUUUUAACUAACCGUUAAGAAACGGUCUUCAUGCCCAGAUUUCACGUUUCUUCGUCAGAAAAUUAUAACGUCCAACACUGAACUCUGCUGCAAGGAAACGAACACUAUAAAUACGACACUUUCUUGAAGACGUAGUCUCCAUACAAAAUUCUCAGUUCUCUUUGGACAAUUUGAUUUCUUGUAGGCUUGCAAAUUUUCUCGAUGUUUGGUAAAAAAAAAAUCUAAUUUUGGUAUAUAGUGACGUUUGUAGUCCUCUUUGGCUCCAUUUUUGUGAGUAUUUUAUGGACACCUUGCCAGUUUGGACAGUCUUCAUUAUUCUCGUAGCAGAGUUCACUCCUCGGGAUAUAAGUAACUGACAACGAUUAAAGAAGACGUUUUGUUGCCUUUCGUUCUUUCGUUCUGCAGAUAUGUCAUAGAGAUCGGAAUCCCUUUCCUGGCGUUUUCUCCCGUAAGGAUUCUCCGUGUAUUUGCCUACUGUAGCGAGGUAAGAAAAGCUACAAAUCAAAUUUUUCUGCAUCAUCUCUUAUCUUUCCCCUUUCCGUGAUUUUUGGAUGUUAAAAGUUAGUUAGAUGUGAUCGUCCGGGUGAGUGAAGUUAAAGGGAUACCAGUGAUAGUCACAGAAGAAUAAAAACAAACAAACAAUCGAGGUUUAUUUAAGCACCCUAUGUUAUUAUUCAUGUCUUCCACAGAGUCGUCCUUCACUACCUACUAUAUAAGAAAUCUUAUAUGAGUAAAGAAUUGACAACUCAAUUAUUAAACUUAAGGAUCGGAUUUAAAAAUCAAACUGUGUGGAAGCUAUCGUCACUGUAAUUUGUAGCUAAGGGCCUUUCUUUCACUGUUUAACCCCUCUUUGUUUUUAUGACUUUUUCCCCAAUACGCAUGCAGAGCCUGGUCCCAGCUCUCUGAUUUGUGAUCUCGCCUCUCUAUUAGUCUAUUUUAAAAUAAAUCACUUGAGAGAAAAAGGUUUUAUUCCAGUGUCGUUUUUUAUCCAUAUUGAGUUUGUUUGCAACGUUGCUUACAACAGAGUUUCUUGUUAACGUAAUCUUACAAAUUUAAUCGCACACUUCCAAUAGUUGUAAGUAUUGAAAUUGUUGCAGAUAUUUCUACAGCUGUUGAUUCUUCUCACUGGUAACUACAAUUUCUUC